AUGUCACUUUCGGUUUUCACGAUUGUACCAGUCCUUGCUUUGGCAUAUGUUUUGGGAGUGUGUCCUUCGAAUGCAUUUUCUGUCAACGACUGCAUGUCUGAUGGAAGAUACAAUGCUGACAAUGUUAUCCAUGUGAGUGAAGCUUCCAUAGACCCUUCCUAUUUUGUCGCCCCCGGUGUUGUUUCGGCGAAGGUGAACUUCGAGAUUCUACAAAAUGUCACAAGUGAUCUCGAUCUGUCUGUGCAUGUCAUGAAAAAAGUAUGGUGGUUUUGGGCAACUGGACACCGAAGUACUCGUAGUUUGUGUGAAACUUUGGACACUGCAUUUCUGGAAGACGACGGAACAACUAACUGUCCAUCCGAACUUUCAAGUGCUGGAAUACCUUGUCGAUGUCCUUUCCGCCGAGGUCGAUACAGCCUGCCAUGGACCUCCUUUGACCUCAUCAAACCAGAUGAUGUCCCUUAUGGGAAGUACUGGGUUGAGGCACGUUUAACAGACCCAUUUACUGGCGUGUUGAAAGGCUGUCACAACGCAGAGUUCUACAUUUCGUCAUAUUAG